AUGCAGAACCAGCAGAUGGCGCAGAUGGCGCAGAUGAAUGCGAACGGCUCCGUCAACGGCACCCCCGUCAUGGGCAACAUGGCGCAACCCAAACGCAUGGGCACCAACGACCCGGUUGAAAAGCUCAAUACGUACAUCUACGACUACUUCCUGCGGAACAGACAACACGCCCUUGCGCGCGCCAUGCUUGAUUGCGACCUGAAGCUGUCGACGGAGAAGCCCAGCCCCAACACCAAGUCCAAUGGCGCCAGCGAUAUCGAUAUGCCCGAUGACAUGCCCCUGCCGGCAUUGCCCCAGGGCCAGGUCGCUGACAACUCCUUCCUGCUCGACUGGUGGGUCCAGUUCUGGGACAUUUACGCCGCCGCCCGAGGAUCUGGAGGCGGCCCCAAGAACGCGGUCCAAUAUAUCGGUCACAACCGGAACCUUGGUCACAUGCAGAACGAGCAGCGGAACCAGCGCCUAAUGAUGGCCAACAACAACAUGACCAACGCGCAGUACAUGAUGGCACGGAACGGUGCCAUGGCCAACGGCAACCAGACCGAUCUCAAGCGGGCAGCAGCCAUGAACAACCGACCAGCCGGCAACCCAAUGGCAGGCAUGCAACCCAUGAAGAACCCCAACAUGAUCCAGAUGCAACGCGACGGCUCCAACAUGGACAUGAAUGGCAACCGCCCCAACUCGCCGGGGUCCAACGAAAAUGCCCCUUCCCCAAACAAGCGCCCCCGCGUUGAUGGUACGUCAUCUGUCAUACCCAUGUGGAGAGUACAAGCUAAUCAAGACCGGCCCACAGGUGGUAUGAAUGCUGGAAACAUGCCCAACAACCAAUUCAAUGAAUUCAUGCCGCAAGGCCCAGGUGCGCAGCAGAAGAACAUCGAGGUAUAUGCCCAAAGUCUGGCCCAUCAACACAGAGUGGCAAUGAGUAACACUUCCUCCCCCCAGGGUAUGAGCUCUGGCAUCCAAGGCUCCCCAAUGGCCCAGUCCGGCCUUGACGGUCAAGACCUCACCUUCGCUGGCAACGGCCCGCGGCCCGGCAACAUGCCCACCAACCCUCCAGGCGUUCCUCAGCAGGGCAACCAUGCGCUGCAGGACUACCAGAUGCAGCUCAUGCUGCUCGAGCAGCAAAACAAGAAGCGGUUACUUAUGGCCCGGCAAGAACAAGACAAUCAAUCUGGACAUCCCCAGCAAGGCGUCAUCGGCGCCCCAGGCUUUGGGGCUGCCAUGUCGCCUCAAGGUAGCAGAGCGGGCGGCCCAUCACCCAACCCUGCCGACCAAAUGAAGCGAGGUACACCAAAGCUCGGCCAGCAGAAUUUACCCGGCUCACCUAUGCCAGAGGGAAUCAUGGGGCAACAACGUGGAUCUCCCGCACCCAACAUGAACUUUGACCCCGCUCUAGCACCCCCAGGAAUGCCUCCACAGUUCUAUCCUCAGAAUAUGCCCCCGAACGGCAACCCUAUGAUGCGGCCUCCAAGCUCACACCCACAAGGCGGUCCCAACUUCAGUGGACAACAAAUGACACCUGAGCAAAUGCAAGCCAUUCGCAGCGGUCAGAUGCAGCCGAACGGUUGGCGUGGCGGGCCCCAACCAGGCAUGAUGGGCCCAGGCGGCCAACAGAUGGGAGGACCCAUGGGCCAAAACCCUCAACAGCGGCAACAAAUGCCCCCGCCCCCAGCGCCUACGAACGAACAACCACGACCAGAACCAUCCCCAUCGGUCUCUAACCAGGCACCACCGACCCCGAACCAAGGGAACAAGGCCAACCCCAAGAAGAAGGUGACCAAGGAUAAUAAGAAGCCCGCAAACAAAAAGGGGGCGAAUGCAGGUGCUACUCCGGCCACGUCAAACGGCGAAGAACCACCGACACCGACAUCGUCCACUCCUGUGGCUCCCAUCACGCCAGUACACAAGCAAUCCUUCAACCAGGGACAAAACGGUCAGCCGCAGCAACCUGUGCAACCUCAACCCCCUUCCGACCAACCCAUGGACAACGGGGGUCCGCCAUUUGGUAACAUUGAUGGUGACCCUAACAGUUUCGAUCUCGGCCUCAACUUUGGCGACGACGCUGGCGCUCUGGAAAACUUCGACUUUGACUCGUUUUUGCAUACCGGCAACGACAAUGACGCUUUUGGUAACCUAGUCAGCGACUUCGAUUUCCCGAAUGCCGCGGAAGUAUAG